ACAGCAACCCUCUGACGAGGCGUGAUCAACGAGCCCAUUUCACAGAUGAGAAAAUCGAGGCCCUGAGAGGGCAUGUGACUUGCCCAAGGUUGCCCAGCCAGGAGGCAGCGCAGUGGGGCGUGACCCGGUCUGUGUGGGGUGACCAGAAACCCUCAGUGUUCCUGGGCCAUGUCACUCUGCUGUCUGCCUCAGUCGUCACGUGGCCUUCUAUUCUGUGUCUGUGUCUGUCCCCUGUCUGUAUGUCCCCUUCUCACAACAACAGUCGUACUGGCUUCGUGUGACCCUACACCAGGACGACCUCAACUUAACUUAUCUCAGUCGCAUCUGCAGGGACUCUAUUUCCAAUAAGGUCACAUCCACGGGUGCUGGGAGCUAGGACACCAACCAGUCUUUUGGGGGCAGGGGACACAUUUCAACCCAUGACCCACAGCAUCCUUUUGGGGAGGGAACAACAUCCCGUCCCAGCCGGCCCCACAGGUGGGGUCUCGCAGGCCCAGCCCGCUGGCCGCCCUCCUGCCGCAGGGACCCCCGUCCCCGAGGGCGGGGUCUGCCCAGGGCCGGCGCCCUGCAGACGGGACCGAGACCCGCUCACUCGCCCCAGGCCCCUGGCUUCUCCCGCGCCCAUCCCGCCGGGGGUGCGGGGACCUGCCCCUUGUCUUUGUCCAGAAGGAGUCAGGAGUGCCGGGUCCAGCGGGGCCACCACAGUUCAAACGCCAGCGUCCAAUCUUGAACCCCAGCUGGGUAAAGCACCGUGUGCACACGCGUGCACACGUGGCGCCUGUCCCAGAUGCGAGCAGAGGUCCGGCCCUCCAACGGUCUGAGGGACAGUGAACUGGCCCCCUGUUUAAAAAGUUUGAGGACCCCUGCUCCACGGCCUGGUGGGGACGGUGGAACCCCAAGAGCGCCCUGUGAACCGCUGGAGGAAGGGCUCUGGAAGGCAGCAGGCGUGUGCCUGGGAGCCACAGCCCUGGGAUGGCUCGGGCCAGCGCCAGCACUUCCCGCCAGAGCUGGUGUCCCCUCCCGGAGCCUCGGUGUCCUCAAAGCAGACGACAGCGCUUCCCGUGGGCUGCUGUGCGACCCAUGGCUGCCCUCCCCACAGGGCCUGGCACGGCCUGGGGUCCGUGCUCCGCGCCAGUCUCUGGGGUCCUGGCAUCGUGGCCCUGGUGGCCAGGAAGGAGCCAGGACACACCCACGCCGGCAUGGCGCUGGGCUCAAAUCUGACGAGGGCUCUGACUUUGGGCGGAGGCUUUCCUUGGACUUGACCGAGGAUGUCUCUUGGGAAUGUUACCUCUGCGGCCCCUCCCCACGGAGACCUGGGGCUGUGGGAGGAGCUGCCACCCUCCCAGGUGACCUGUCUGGGGCGACUGCAAGAGCAGAGCCCAGGGGAGGAAGCAAGGGGGAGGCUGUGACGCCACCGGACCUGCCAGCCCUCCCGUCCCGCAGAGAGCCUGGGCAGGAGGCGGCAGGUGGCAGGUUGGGUGACAGCUUCGAGCACCCCAGUCACGGGACAAGACAGGACCGCGUGUGUGCUCACGGGCCUGGUUAAUGCGCUGUGGUGAUGGAAGCCAAUCACUGCGCCGCGCCCCUGUUUCAUGGCGAAUGCCACUGCCCCACGGCCGGGAUAAACCCCACGUGGUCAGGACACGCCCCCCCUCCCAGAUGUGGCCCCGGGGCCGGGUGAAGAGCGUGAUGAAUCAGGAUCCCGGCACGGAGACCCAUGAGCAAUGUUUGUGUGUCCUUCUUGGUUUGUCUGGUCCGUGUCUCCCUGGUUAUCCGGGUCACUAGUCUCUUCCACGUUCCUGAGGGUUCGUGGCAACUGGUGUCAUUUCUUCAUCCCUCAGAUCUCCCCCUUUCCCGCAACCCUCAGAAAUCAGCCUCUUCAUGGAGUGACGUUCGAUUCCCCACCGUGACUGGAGGGCCGGGGAGGGACCGGGUGUCCCCGUGGGCCUGGCUGUGCCAGCCCACUAGAUUGCUGGAUCAUAAGGGCCACUCUAUCCCCAUGUACAGAUGGGGAAACUGAGUUUCAAAAAGGAAAAGUUGUUUCCCUGAGGCUGCCCAGCUAGGAUGUAGCGUUGCCUGGGCUGGGAGCGAGGCCUGAGCAGCCCCGGGCAGGGAGGCCGUCGUGAGAACGGCAACACAGGCCCCAGCUGGUGCGGUGACACCUGUCCCACAGGCAGUCGGGCCCAGCCCCGUGCUCUCGGCCCUUCCCACUCGGGCUGGGCUCCCGGAGCCUGCAGCUGGCCUGCAUUUGCCCCCCACCUUCCAGAAGCCCUUCCCCACCCCCAGCGCCACCUCCCACCUCCCCAGCUGUCGUGGCCAAAGUAAUCACAGAAGAACGGGCACCCCGGGGCCUCCGGCAAGAAUCACAGCUACGGGAAUCUGAAAGGUGAUUUUAAACAUGUCCUUUCCCCCCCUGAGCAGGAUCCACGGAGGUCUAAGGAGCCCUGGCCAAGAGCAGGAAAUGCGUGGCUUGUCCUCGAUGCUGCUCUGGCCGGGGGUUUGGGGUGGUCCCCAGCAGCAUGACAUGUUGAGCGGGGUCCAUACAGGGUGUCCUUCAUGCUGCCGUGAGGAGAAAGCAAGACAGAGCCCCGAGCCACAGUCGCCUGGAGGUGGUUUGGGGACUGCCUCCCGCACCCCUCUGGCCCCAGUCUGUGCCGAGGCAGGGCUGAGGGGCCAGGCUGGGGCUGGGCAGGGCCGGGCGGCGCCCAGGGAAGAGCACAUGGGACCCAGCAGGGUCCCGGGUUCAUGUUCCGGCCCUGGCGAGUCACGGAGACUUCCGAGCCUUGGUCUUUCCCUCUAUGAAAUGGGGACAAAUGUACCCUGCACAGCUGUGAGGAUCAGAGCCCCGGGUGGGGGGGCGGGCUUGCUGAACAAGAAUGAGCCACCUAGGCCAUCACUCCCAGCCCCAGAAAGGACCACGAGUCUUUGUUGGCCAUUUGGGGACAUUUGGGGGCUUGAACAGGCAGGCAGCAGGGGGGAGUUGGGGAGCCCCAAGGCAGGCAGCUUACCCCCAUCCUGGGGCACCUGUGCCGGCCUGUCCCCUGGCCUAGGGGAGGAGCUGUUUGCAGCCCGCCCGCCCCCACCCCCCUGCCCCUCUGACUUUGAAGCUGGUGCCUGGAGCCAAUGUCCCUUUGCUGGGGAUGGAAGGGGACAAACCCCAGGGCCUUCCCUCUCAUGGGAGUUGAACCACAAUGUCCAGGAGCCCCGAAGGCCUGUGGUUGCCAUGGAGACGGGCAGGUUUUCGGAUGGAGCCAUGAUGGGGUGGAAUUUGCGUCUGCAGCAGGAGCGGCUGCCACGCUUCCUCGCCACCCUUGAGAGCUGCUCACGGCCCUGACACUCUCGAGAGGGUUCCC